AUGGAAGGAUAUGAAGAAUAUGCCAUUAGUGAUAAUGCGCUAUAUGAAUUUACUAUAACUGAUGACACAUCAUACAGUAAUAUCCAGAGCGAUUUUGCUGUUAAUGAUAUCCUAUAUAAUGACCAAAGCGAACUUGGUGUUAUAAGAGAUUUCUUAUAUGGCAAUGAUCAAGAUAAUCAUGAAGUUGGAGAUAUUAUGAACUGUGAAAGUGCUGAACAUGAGAAUCUUAUGCCAUAUAACUCAUAUAACUGUUAUCAUUUGAUAGAAGGUGCUCAAGAUUAUGCGAUGAAGGAAGUUGCAAAGUAUGGGAGUAAGCAAAAAUUCAAGAUUCGUUGUUAUCGUGUUGAAAGGUCUAAUAAUAUAAUUAGGAGGUGUACAUUAGUUUGUGAACACUUUGGUCAGCCAGAGGCAACAAAAAGUAAAGGUAAAAAGAAAGAAACAACUUCUAAGUGUGUUGGGUGUAUCUGGCAGAUAAAUCUUUCAUGUUCAGAGAAAAACAACCCUCACAAGUUUGUUUAUGUUACAAAAUUAAUUGAUGAGCAUAAGAAUCAUACUCUUGAUCACGCACAUUAUGAUUUUCAGGAAAGCUUGGAGUUUACAGUAGAUAUGAUUAAGGAUGUUGAAUUUUUUGUUACCAAAAUAAAUUGUAGCUCUCAACAAAUUCAUAAAGCUCUUGAGGAAAAGUAUUCUGUAAAGAUUUUCAUGCCAGUGUUAUAUCGGGCGCAUGUUUGGAUAUUGCAGCAAAUAAAGAAAGCGACAUUUGAAGCCAUUCCACAUGUUAUUUUUACCGAUGCUGACCCUGCCUUACUUGCUGCAAUACAGGAAGAAUUUCUAAUGACAAAUGCUUUUCAUUGCAUGUUUCAUAUUGCACAGAAUAUUCCUCUCAAUUUGAAAAAUAAUCUCAGGGACUUUAAUUAUUUACAAUGUGUUCUUUAUGCUAACAAAGAAACAUGGGCAAAGGCAUUUGUGCUUAAAUUAUUUAUCGUGGAGAUGUCAUCAACUUCUCGAGUUGAAAGUUAUAACUCUAAGGUCAAGAGAUUAAUAUUUAAUUUAAAUACCACAUUAUUAGAACUUUCAGAAAAACUGUCGUUAUGUAUUCUUGAAGAGGAUAAAAAGACAAAGUAUGCAUUAUUUCGUGCCUCGAUUCCUAAAGCUGUUCUGGUUGCGACAGCUGAUACUAUUCUUCCAAAAGUCUAUAAUAUGUUGUUAUCAAAAAAUGAACUGCGAAAAUACCUUAAGAUUAAUCUUGAAGAUUCUACCUUAUUUGGUGAAAUCCCAAAAUUUACCAAUAUCAUGGCCAAAUUAAUGCUUAAUCUUGUCGAUAAUAACAAGAUUGUAGAAAUGUGGGGGGUUCAACAAUAUUUUUUCCAAGUAAUGUUAUGUUCACAAGCUGCAACAUUCCACAUUCAGUUGAUAAGAUCACAUUGGUACAACGAUAGUGAAGUCAGCUGCAAUUCUGCUCAAGAACCAUUUUUGGUUGCACAAAAAUUUGAAAUAGAACAAUCAGUGAUGAUGAGUUGGAGUAAUUCAGUCCCUUAUCUUAAUGCAUUAGUUCAGUCUCAAGAGGUGCAUAAUAUAAACCAUAAAAUGUUAGAUGAACAAGAUUGUCAAGAACCAUUAUCAUCUGAUAGUAAUGUAACUUCUGAUAGUGAGGGUGAAACUGAUAAUGAAACUAAAAAAGGAAAGUUGGAUCUAUCUGAUUUGAUGAAUCCUCAAAAACGUAAGGCAAGGGGUCGACCAAAAGGAACAGACAGAAUGCGAUAUGUGAGUGAACCAUCAAAAAAGACAAAAUGCCAACUACGUUGUAAAAUUUGCAGAAGUGCUAGUUAUAAUCGAGUAACUUGUUCUCAAAGAAAAGAGUAG